AUGGAUACCCUCUUGGUCUUCAGUCUAAUCAUUGCAUCCUAUGAUGCCAACAAGAAAGACCUCAGAGAUAGCAGCUGCCAAGUCGAACAGCUGCCUGGGUUCUUCUCAAAGGAUGUGCGAAGCAUCAGGGAUUUGCUAAUGCAAGAAACUCACACAGAAACCAAAAGGGCAACAAUCAUCCAAAAUCAGACUGUGGCUUCCCUGCAGUGCCUUGGCUCUGGCAGCAAAGUAAAAGUCAAUCUUGUAUAUUUGGAGAGAAGGCCAAAGGUGAAAUAUUUUCUGAAGAACCUGAAAGUCAUUGCUGCUCCUCGCAGAAACAGCUCUGCUUCCCCAAGCUGUCACCUAAUUCCCAUAUCCAACUCUCAGACUGGAUCCCUUCUAACAGGCAAAGCUUUUUUACCAGGAAUCUCCCAAUGUAAGGCAUAUCCAGUGAUGGGAGCUGCACCAGAGACUUUUUCUACCACUACUACCUUCAUAACUCCUGGGAAAAAAGAAGGAGAGAAAACUACAAGUAAUGACACAGAUGAGAACCUAGAGAAGAGGCAGAUAUGGAGUACUGUGGUCAAAUUUCUGAUUGCUGCCACCCUGUUGCCCAGUGGAGUUGCCAUUAUAGUAUUUGUAAUUUUUGAUGUUCCAUGCCCUGUAAUCAUUUUCUCCCUUCAGUGUCUAGGAGCCAGGGAGCUAUGCCAAUGCCAGUGGUUGUGGAGAAGGCAAAGGAAGGGAGGUCAGCAACCUGGGACAGCUGAACCCCAGUCUGACUCUCAGCCUGAGAAGGAAAGUAUUCUCAGUUUGGUUGGACAAGAUGCUCCCAACUCAUCAAACCCAGAGAAGGCUGUACAGAUCACUGUUAUCUACCAGACAUACUUCUGA